GGCCCGGCCGAGGACCCCUCCAAAACUUGGACCCCCCCUCCUUCUCCCCCUACUACCCAUCCCCCAAAUAUUGACUUGCGGCUUUGCGACGCGACUCCCGCUCCCAGACCCGCGACAAGCAAUUAAUGAAGAUGCCGCAGUCAUGACAGCCUCCACAAACUCGGAUGCCCAGCUCUUGACUGAGCAUUUUGGCUACCCCCCAGUCAGUCUCAUUGAUGACAUUAUCAACUCUAUAAACAUCCUUGCCGAGCGCGCCCUCAAUUCGGUCGAGCAAGGCCUGCUGAACGCGCCGCCCGCGCUCCUGGGCUUCAAGCUACCGAAAAACGCAAAGCCCGACGACCAUGCGCCUGAUCCGGCCGAAUUGGCCAAGAACGAGGUAGAGGCCGGCACCCAUCAGCUUGAGACGUUGUUAUGUGCGAGCAUCGACCGCGACUUCGACAAGUUUGAGAUCUACAUUUUGCGCAACAUCCUGACCGUGCAGCCAGCCGAUGUCCGCAAUUGGAUACGACUGAGCCACUACGAUGGCUUGGACUUCUCGUCGUCACACAUCACAGACGAGACCGCCGAGCAAGGCACAAGCGCGACAGCUUCGGACAAGCCUACUUUGAGCUCAAUAGGCCAGCUCAGGCAAAGACUGCGCGAGAGCAUGCGCCUUAACGCACUCCUGCACGCCGAGCACGAACGAAACGCGAAGCUGCUGGCAGAUCUGAGGGGCCUUGUGGGCGCCAGAGACGACAAGGUCAAGGACGAGGACACCUCGAUGCAAGACGACGGCAACGCGGGACCCAUGGCCUUCCUACGCGACGGAGUUACCCAGCUCAAGGAUGCCGGUGCAGACACGCCACUUACCACCACUACAGCUUUCACACUCUCGCAACUACAAGCGCUUCGGGCGUUGUCUACAUCAUUGCGGACUAUGACGCCACACCUACAGCCCGCCGAGAGUACUGAGGAAGGGUCCGAUAAUGUCCACAAGAGCUGGCGUCGCGAACGAUUGGAAUAUGUUGAAGGUGCUACAAGACGGUACCUCGAGAAUGUGCAGGGACUCGAGCUGGGUAAAGACGGCGAAGUGAGAGAUGGAGAGUGGCAGGCCGAAGGUCCGAACUUGGGCAAAGGCGAAGUUGAAGGGUUGGAGAGGGUCGUGUCAAUGCUCGGCGGCGAAGCUGGUGCAACGGCUUCAAGAGAUGACGCACGUAUGGACGAGUCUUGAGAUGAGCGGUUCCGCCAAGGUUAUGGUCUGGCAUGAGAAGCCAUCAUUGAUAGGAGUUUAGGAGUUUGGUUAAGGUAUCAUGAACUACUUGAAUGCCGAGGGUAAACCCGGUAUCCGUUCAAGCAUCCAUCUAGGAGUAAUAAAGGCGA